AUGUGGCGUGGCACUGCCCCUCGCAUCAAUGCGGCGCGGUUCUCGCAGUAUCUCAACCGCUCGGUUCGUGUGCCAGGGCAGGUCUUAGGUGUUCAUGGCCCAGAUGGGAUGAUCAUACUAGAAACCGUCGACAAGCAAUGCAUCGAAGUUGCUGCACCGGACGAUAUAGGGCUGGACCAGGCAAUGCAUGUUGAGAUAACGGGCAGAGUGGUGGACAGCGUGACGUUAGAGUGCUGGUGGUUCGAGCGCUUUGAGUCACCGUUGGACAUUCGGGUCUUGAAAUUGGCUAUCGACUUGGUCCACAACUGCUUGUUCGUUGGGCCCCUAUGGGGUAUAAAGUUCGAUUUGCCCGAGCACGCUGCCGCCCCGCAUAUGCCCCUGCUAGACGAGACCAUCUACGAGGACUUCAAGUCCGGGGAGUUGGUGCGGCCGUUCACGUCACUAAUCCCCCUUCCCCGCCUUCAAGAAUUACGCGGCGAGACUUAG